UGUGAGCCAUGAGCGCGGCGUGGACGCUGUCCCCCGAGCCGCUGCCGCCGUCGACGGGGCCCCCGGUGGGCGCGGGCCUGGACGCGGAGCAGCGCACGGUGUUCGCCUUCGUGCUCUGCCUGCUCGUGGUGCUCGUGCUGCUGAUGGUGCGCUGCGUGCGCAUCCUGCUCGACCCCUACAGCCGCAUGCCCGCCUCGUCCUGGACCGACCACAAGGAGGCACUGGAGCGCGGGCAGUUCGACUACGCCCUGGUUUGAGGGGUGCGGCGCCGCGGGCGGGCCUCGGCUGGGCCUCUCCCCCAAGACCGACCCGCCCGCGGUGCCGGCUGGCCGGGACUCCGCUCGGGCUCCGCCCCAGAGCCCGGCCGAGGGCAGAGGGCGCCUGGGUCCAGACCCGCCCCGACCCCUCCCGUCUUCCCUCCUACAGGUCCCAGCCCCACUUGGUGCCUUUUCCGCACCCUGUCCCCUCCCCUCAGCUCACCUGCCCGCCCGUCCCCCCAGCCCAGGUGGGAAGAGGCCCCGCGUCCUCCAGGGUGUAGGUGUCAGCUCAUGUUCUGUGCCGACCAGAUCAUGAGCCGUCGCGCCGCCUCCUGGAGUCGGAGCCCCUUGUGCCACCCUCCCCUCCCUGUGAUGGGCCAGUCUCACUCCCAGCCCCACUCCCGCACCCCUCCUGCCUCAGUGCUGGGCGAGGCUGCAGGGCAGGCUCUCGCGGGCCCUCGGAGCAGCCUGCUUGGGACUGAAAAACCUUCCUGAUAAGCUCCAAUGGCUGCUGUGCCCACUUGGCAGGCGCCUUCCCCCCAGCCCAGGCCAGGGAGCCCCCAGACGCUGUCCCCUAGCACCCUCCCCAUGCCUCUCACUCCACCCUGCCUCCUAGCCGCAGGUGAUAAUAAAAGCUA